AAUCUCCACCACCACCAUACUAUUAUCACUCCCCCACCUCCUCCGGUGAAAUCUCCACCACCACCUUACUAUUAUCACUCUCCACCUCCUCCGGUGAAGUCUCCGCCACCACCUUACUACUAUCACUCCCCUCCUCCGCCGGUGAAGUCGCCACCACCACCGUACUACUAUAACUCCCCACCUCCUCCGGUGAAGUCUCCGCCACCACCUUACUACUAUCACUCCCCACCUCCUCCGGUGAAAUCUCCGCCACCACCGUACUACUAUCACUCCCCCACCUCCUCCGGUGAAGUCUCCGCCACCACCUUACUAUUAUCACUCCCCACCUCCUCCGGUGAAGUCUCCGCCCACCUUACUAUUAUCACUCCCCACCUCCUCCGGUUAAAUCUCCGCCACCACCGUACUACUAUCACUCCCCCACCUCCUCCGGUGAAGUCACCACCACCACCGUACUACUAUCACUCCCCACCUCCUCCGGUGAAGUCUCCGCCACCACCUUACUACUAUCACUCCCCUCCUCCGCCGGUGAAGUCGCCACCACCACCGUACUACUAUAACUCCCCACCUCCUCCGGUGAAGUCUCCGCCACCACCUUACUACUAUCACUCCCCACCUCCUCCGGUGAAAUCUCCGCCACCACCGUACUACUAUCACUCCCCACCUCCUCCGGUGAAGUCUCCGCCACCACCUUACUAUUAUCACUCCCCACCUCCUCCGGUGAAGUCUCCGCCACCACCUUACUAUUAUCACUCCCCACCUCCUCCGGUUAAAUCUCCGCCACCACCGUACUACUAUCACUCCCCACCUCCUCCGGUGAAGUCACCACCACCACCGUACUACUAUAAAUCGCCACCACCACCGUACUACUAUAACUCCCCACCACCUCCGGUGAAGUCACCACCACCACCUUACUAUUAUCACUCCCCACCUCCUCCUGUGAAGUCCCCACCACCACCUUACUAUUAUCAUUCCCCACCUCCUCCGGUGAAAUCACCACCACCACCAUAUUAUUACACGUCACCCCCACCACCAUAUCACCAUGAGCCAAUUCUCAAGGUUGUAGGAAGAGUCUACUGUUACAAGUGCUACAAUUGGGAGAACCCAAAGGAGUCUUACAAGAAGAAGCUCUUCGCAGGCGCCAUAGUGAAGGUGACAUGUGAGGGCAGGCAACAAAGUAUGAAGCAUACGGUGAAACUAAAGGCCAUGGCAAAUACAUUGUCACAGUUGAAGGGUAUCCGUAUUGGGCAUGGAGCCAAGGGAUGCAAGGUUUAUCUCCAUGCUGCGCCAAAGGGUUCCACUUGCAACAAGCCUACAAAACUCAACGAGUGUGCUCCCCUGAACGUGUAUUCUAAGUCCCAUGAGGAGGUGGUCCUUAAGGCCAAGCCACUUGCCUUUGCACCAGAGAAACCCUAUGAGCAUUGUGAGCACCAUCACCACAACCACCACAACCACCACCACCAUCACCACCAUCAUCAGACACCCUCUCCAACACCACCCUAUUACUAUAACUCUCCUCCUCCACCGGUGAAGUCUUGGUCUCCACCUUAUCAUUAUACUUCUCCUCCACCACCGAAGUCUUUGCCACCACCUUAUCAUUAUACAUCUCCUCCACCACCGAAGUCAUUGCCUCCACCGUAUCACUAUACAUCUCCUCCACCACCAAAGUCAUUGCCACCACCAUAUCACUACACAUCUCCUCCGCCACCGAAGUCAUUGCCUCCACCGUAUCAUUAUACUUCUCCUCCACCACCGAAGUCAUUGCCUCCACCGUAUCAUUAUACAUCUCCACCACCACCAAAGAACCCACCUUCUAUUCCACCUUACUACUAUAAGUCUCCUCCACCACCCUCACCAUCUCCACCACCACCUUAUUAUUACAAGUCCCCACCACCUCCUUCACCAUCUCCUCCACCACCAUACUAUUACAAGUCCCCACCACCUCCCUCACCAUCUCCUCCUCCUCCCUACUAUUACAAGUCCCCACCACCUCCCUCACCAUCUCCUCCUCCUCCCUACUAUUACAAGUCCCCACCACUCCCUCACCAUCUCCUCCUCCUCCCUACUACUACAACUCUCCCACCUCCUCCAUCACCUUCUCCCCCACCACCUUACUACUACAAAGUCCCCACCUCCUCCAUCACCUUCUCCCCCACCACCCCUACUAUUACAAGUCCCCACCACCCCCAUCGCCGUCUCCUCCACCACCCUAUUACUACAAAUCUCCUCCUCCACCAUCACCAUCCCCACCACCACCCUAUUACUACAAAUCUCCUCCUCCACCAUCACCCAUCCCCACCACCUCCUUACUACUACAAAUCUCCUCCCCCACCAUCACCCUCACCACCACCUCCUUACUACUACAAGUCACCUCCUCCACCAUCACCAUCACCACCACCACCUUAUUACUACAAGUCACCACCACCACCAUCACCAUCCCCUCCACCACCCUACUACUACAAAUCACCACCACCACCUUCACCAUCCCCUCCACCACCCUACUACUACAAAUCUCCUCCUCCACCAUCGCCAUCUCCUCCACCACCCUACUAUUACAAAUCACCUCCACCACCAUCCCCAUCUCCACCACCACCUUACUAUUACAAAUCACCUCCACCACCAUCCCCAUCUCCACCACCUCCUUACUACUACAAGUCACCCCCUCCACCGUCCCCAUCUCCUCCACCACCUUACUACUACAAGUCUCCUCCUCCACCAUCACCAUCCCCUCCACCACCUUACUACUCAAGUCUCCUCCACCACCAUCACCAUCCCCUCCACCACCCCUAUCACUACAAGUCUCCUCCACCACCAUCUCCAUCCCCUCCACCACCCUAUCUCUACAACUCACCUCCACCACCAUCUCCGUCUCCCCCACCUCCCUACCACUACCAAUCUCCUCCACCUCCAUCGCCAUCUCCUCCACCUCCCUACCAUUACAAAUCUCCACCCCCGCCUUCCCCAUCUCCACCACCUCCCUACCAUUACAAGUCACCACCCCCACCUUCCCCAUCUCCACCACCUCCCUACCAUUACAAGUCACCACCCCCUCCUUCCGAAUCUCCUCCUCCAACAUACCAUUACAAGUCACCACCCCCACCUUCACCGUCUCCUCCUCCAACAUACAUCUACGCAUCCCCACCACCUCCCAUUCAUUACUAGGUUCCACUUCCAACAAAGCAAAGGUUUCUUGG